AUGUCGAAUCCCGCCUCCUACGACUCCCAUCGGCGGUCAACUGUGUUCAGUCGGCAGCCUGAGGAACUGCACAUGCCAUCUUCAGGGCUAAACAACCCGAACCUGUCUCGUCAGUCCUCCUCGCAUGAUUACCCAGCCACUCCAGACGCAGGUGCCCGACUUCCCGCGAUCAAUGUGCACUCGAGCUCCCAGUUCGGAGGUGAUGGAAACCACAGCAGUACCGCACUUCCUGGAGCCCUGCAGCCCGGUAAUCGCCCCCCAGCCGUAUCGAUAAAUACCGCCCCAUCGGUCGUUCCCACCAUGCAGCCAUCAUCGUCGCAAUCGAACCACCGCGCCAGUAUGAUCAAUUCGCACGGACACUCACGAUCCAGCCCCGCGGGCUUCGAUCAAUCCAUCUACAAGCAACAUGGUGCGCCGGACGGUUCGAAAUAUCCCUCAUCCCCCGGCGGGUUCCCACCUCAUACCCCGCAAGGCUCGAAGUACUCGCCCCUCGGUCUGUCAGAUAUCAGGCCUUCGGGCGAGCAUCUUCUGAGCGAGGCACUCUUGAACCCGGGAAUUCCAUCCAUGCCCGUGAACAACGGAGACAACCAAGUUCCCACCAAUAGCAAUUAUGUAGCGCCAUGGCCAAUCUAUGCGGUGGAUUGGUGCAAGUGGCCCAUCGCAGGGAGCUCCGGUUUUGGAGGAAAGCUAGCGAUGGGAAGCUACCUAGAGGACAACCAUAACUAUAUUCAAAUCGUCGACGCACACUGGACACAACCAGAUCCCGAUACCCCAGAUGCCGCUGCCGGAGAGAUCAAGCUGGACUACGUCAAAACUGCCGAAGCGACCCAUUCUUAUCCCGUUACUCGCAUCCUCUGGGAGCCGCCAUCGUCCCAGAAACAAUCGACUGAUUUGCUGGCCACAUCAGGAGACCAUCUUCGGCUAUGGUCGCUGCCAAACUCGCAGCCUCUGCAGAGCUCGAAUUCCAUCACCCGCCCCAUGAGCCAGCGGGAGACCCCCACCACCAAGCUUUCCCCGCUGGCGUUGCUGUCCAAUUCCAAAUCCCCCGAGCACACCGCUCCCAUCACCUCUCUUGAUUGGAACACGAUUUCACCCAGUCUGAUCAUCACUUCCAGCAUCGACACAACUUGUACUAUCUGGGACAUUCCCACCCUAACCGCAAAGACACAACUGAUCGCCCACGACAAGGAAGUGUACGAUGUUCGAUUCUGCGCCAACAGUGUCGAUGUCUUUGUCAGUUGUGGUGCAGAUGGCAGCGUGCGGAUGUUUGAUCUGCGCAGUCUCGAGCACAGCACCAUCAUCUACGAGCCAACCGACAAAAAUGAGAAAACGAUGAGCCCAGGAAACUCCAGCCCCCCUGGUCAAUCGCAGACAGGUCUCUACCCACCUCCACUAUUGAGAAUCGCAGCAUCACCACACGAUGCCCAUCUUUUGGCAACUUUCUCUCAAGAUUCAAGUGUCGUCCGAGUUCUUGACGUUCGCCAACCCGGCCAAGCCCUACUGGAAUUGAAGGGCCACUCCGCAGCUCUGAACUGCGUAGAAUGGUCCCCAAGCCGCCGUGGCAUCCUCGCAUCCGGCGGCGAUGACAGCAUGGUCCUCCUCUGGGACCUGAUCAACCAACAUAACGCCGCCCCCAUCUCCUCCCCACCUACACACCCUACAGGCGCACCGCCAUCGACAACCUCCGAGCGCGGCCCGGCAGCCGUCUGGCAGAGCGAGUACGAAGUCUCCAAUAUCAGUUGGUCCCCAUCAGGUGGAACCAACCACUCCGGCCAACCACGUGAAUGGCUAGGUGUCUGCGGGGGACGAGGUCUCACAGGGGUUUCCUUAUAG